ACACUGCCGGAUUAUUUAAUAUAAACAUUGCGCACUUUAUUCUAAAAAUAUGCGAUGUGCCGUGCCCAAUUGCCGAAAUUUCUCUGACUGCCGCUCCAAAAGGAAUGCGGCUCAGCAGCAACGCUUGGGCUUCUUCCGCUUCCCCAAGUGCCCGGAUACGUUUAAGGCUUGGCUAGCAUUCUGCGGCUACACGGAGGAGUCCUUGAAAUUGAAGAAUCCCUGCAUUUGCAUCGAACAUUUCAAGGAUGAGGACAUCGAGGGAUCCCUGAAAUUCGAAAUGGGAUUGGCAAAAAAGCGCACUUUGCGACCAGGUGCAGUUCCCUGCGUGAACAAAAGCCAGGAAAGUGGAUCGGAUAGAGCCCGUAAGGAGAGGUCACAGCGCCGCAGAAACCAGGAGCUAGUGGCUGAGCUAUUGGCGGAGGAGGAGGCCAAGCUAAUCCACCCGGAGGCUACUUCAUUUGAGCAGGAUAGUGUGUAUUUAUCGGAAACUGUAACCAUGGAAUUGGAUCCACUUUCGGGCGAGGAAAAGUUGGAAGAGCUGCAAAAGUGCCGCACAUGCUACAAUGACUUCACCGCUGACUUCAGGGCCAAGGAUCUCUUUGACCCGGCCAACAGUGUCCUGCUCUUUCACAUCGAAGUCAUAAGUGGUGUCUGGAUCAGUCACAAACCAGACGAGCCGCGCCUCAUGUGCCCUGCGUGUAAAUCGGCCCUGGAUCAGGCCAUCGAUUUCCGGGAGAUGUGCAUCAGCACCGAGCUCAAGCUCAGCCAAGCCAAGCCCUCAACUGAUGAAGUGCAGAUCGAGGCUGAGAAUGAGAAUCCAAUAUCAUCGGAUCACGAUUUGAUAUCUGAUACGGAGAACACUAAUGUGGAAGAGAUUGAAGAUGCAGGUGGAGAUCAUGUUGAAGAUGAAGCGACAUCAGAUGACCAAACAAGUCAAGAGGCAGUCGACGAAGUCGCUGAAUCGCCCGCCGCCCAGGAUCCACUCAGUGUGGCUCUGGGGGCCAAGAUCUUUAAGGAGCUAUUAGAUCAAUAUACAGGGAAGGAAAAAGCAAGACUCAGGAAGGGAGCACCAAUCGCGAGUAAGCCCAAAGCUAAGGAAAAGGCAGCUGGUGAACAGAAACCGAAGCGCAGUGCCAACCCAAAGACCAAAGAAGAGAGGAAUCUUAUACGGCGCGCCCAGCUACGCGCCAAGCCGCCGAACUUUGUGUGCGAUCAGUGCGGCCAGGCGUUCCGCAUGUCACACAAUUUGCGCAUCCACAUGCUGCGGCACACUCGCACCAAGAACUACCAGUGCACCGAAUGUCCAAAGACAUUCUACGACGCCUACAUGCGCAACAUGCACAUACGCAUCCGUCAUCGGGGAGAAACUCCCUUCGCCUGCGGCUUCUGCAGCGAAACAUUCGCCUAUCCCGGAGCUCGCCAAAAGCACGAGAGCGAGGUCCACAAUGCGGCGCCUCGUCUCAUUGUGAAGCGCAUCAAUCCCAAGCCCAUGCCCAAGCCUCGAGAAAGUGUGCGAUAUCAGUGCAAGCUGUGCCAAAAGCACUACGCCUCCAAGUACGCCCUGGGCUGGCAUAUCAAAUCGCACACCGAUGCGAACGCCUACAAGUGCCAGCGGUGCAGCAAGAGCUACUCGGAUCCCAACAAGCUCAAGCGCCACGAGAUGACGCACGAGAAGAGGCCGCUCCAGUGCGACGUCUGCUUGAAGGGAUUCUAUCAGCGGACGCGGCUGCGGGAGCACGAGCUCAUUCACACCGGCGAACGUCCAUAUUGGUGCGAGGUUUGCAAUGUUAACUUUCGCUACAAGUACAACAUGAAAAGCCAUGCGAACAGUAAAAUGCAUCAGGAUAAUGCUCGCAAAUUGGGCGUAGUACAAAUUGUUGCAACCGAAUGAAAUGCGUGCUUCUUUUUC